CGAUGGUCGGUUCAGCGAUGGCUUGCAGUAUAGGUUGUUUAUUAGUCUUAUUUACGUGGUUGAAUCUCUGUGACUCUGCGUCGUUUUAGGUUCAAGCCAGCUGCUCAGAUCGAAAAGCGUCUUGCUGCUCGAUUCGGCCACGCCCAGCCGAAGUUUGGACACUCCUGCUGAAUUCAGUAAUCGAGUCUGCGCCAUCACUCCUUCCUCUGUCAGGCUGUUUGAAGACAUCGGCGUGUGGUCAGCGCUUUGCUCAAAGCGUUUGAAACCGGUGCAUCGGAUGCAUGUGUGGGAGGACAACUCGAAAUCGUUGGUCCGCUUUGAAAAUCCUAGAGGCGACCAAUAUCCGAUGGCCUACAUCAUUGAAAAUCCGCUAAUGGUCGCUGCUUUUUUGCAGAAGAUUGAUCAGAUGCCAAACAUCACUGUGAAGACUGGCACAAAUGUGAAGUCCUACAGACUUUCUUCAGACACAUCCGAGAAGGCCGAAGUUUUGCUAGAAGAUGGGUCAGUAAUUUCGACAGAUCUCUUGAUCGGCGCUGACGGAAUGAACAGUUUGGUCCGAAAAUCGAUGAACGUUCGAUCCAUUGGCUGGAAGUACCAGCAAAAAUCCAUCGUCGCCAACCUCACCUUAAAGCCUGUCGAUAAUCCUGAUAACGACACUGCGUGGCAGAAGUUUCUUCCUACCGGCUCUCUUGCUUUGCUUCCGGUAAGUCGUUGUUGUCAUUUGUUGUUCGUUUUUUCGUUUAAAUUUAUUAUUAUUUCGUUGUUGUUAUCAAAAACUAUGUCCUCUUUAUCAUGGGCAUGUGACAAUCCGUUUGCAGAUCAUCUUAUGGGAUUGCCGGACAAGGAUUUUCUCGACACGGUGAACGACACUUUGUACAACAGCACCCAUCAAAGUAGCAUCAUCAACUGUGCUGUUGACUUGCUUGACUUGGUGCAGAAUAAAAUUUUUGCCAGUCCGCCGGUGAUUAUCGAUGUUAGUAAAAGAUUUGCGAUACCGUUAUCGCUGGUGCACGUGACUCAUUACGUUGUUCCUCGAGCAGUUUUAAUUGGCGACGCAGCGCACAGGAUACAUCCAUUGGCCGGUCAAGGGGUCAACGCAGGUUAUGGUGAUGUCGCCUGUUUAACUGAAACUUUAGAAAAUGCGGUGCGAUGCGGAAGUGACAUAGGUUCGUUGAGUCAUUUGAAGCAUUAUGAGACACACCGCCAGCGGAAAGUAGUCCCGCUGAUGUUCGCGUGUGAUUGGCUGUACAGAUUGUACGGUACUUCUUUGUUCCCGGUUGUUCUUGCUCGUUCCAUCGGCCUUACCUCUGUUAAUAACAUAACGCCUCUGAAGGUAUGUGUAGAAUGUCUAUAUUCUCGCCUUAUAAUUUCCAAAAUUUUUAGAAAUUUCUUGUCAAAGAAGCUACGGGAGAAGGCGUUGUAUAUUCAUGAUCUUCGCUCUUUGUUUUGUUGA